AAAAGAAAAAAAAAAAAAACACAAAGAAGAAUUCGCCUUAUUCCCCUCCUCUGUUAUCUUCUGCGACUCUGAAAUUAGGACUUUCUCAUUGAACUUCUUUUUGAUUUGUGAAGUUGGAGUUUUGACUUAAGUAAAAGGAUAUGGCAUCCUCAGAUGAUGAGGCAGAGGAGUUGCCAUUAUCCGUUUCGAAUUACCAUUUCGUGGAUGACAAAGAUGAACCCGUUUCGUUUUCUACUUUGCCAAUCCAAUGGAGUGAAGGUGAGAGAGUGGAUGACAGGCAAGUGCAGAUUUUCCUUCAUGGGACUGCUGAUAAUGGGCUACAGAAAAUAUAUAAGCAUGUCAUAGCAUGGAAGUUCGAUCUUUCCAACGUGAAGCCCGAGAUUUCGGUGCUCUCGAAGGAGAAUUGUUGGAUCAAGCUUCAGAAGCCCAGGAAGAGCUUUGAGGAGAUCAUUAGAUCAACGUUGAUAACGGUUAACUGUCUGCAUUAUGUGAUGAGAAAUCCUGAAGCAUCUGGGAAACCUUUGUGGGAUCAAAUAGCUAAGAACUUCAGUUCAGCUGAGAUUAGGCCUUCUGAGAAUGAUCUGGUGGGCCAUACUUCUUUAAUCAGUGGAGCUGUUAAAAGGAAUGAUGCGUUAACAAAGUCUAAGUUUUUGGAAGAGUUUCUUCAGGAGAAGCCCAAGAAGAGGAAACUACAAGAUGAGGAAACCCAAGCUACAACAAUGUCAAGAUUUAUAGUUGACGACUCAGAAGAUGAUAUCAUGGAUGAUGCCGAAGAGGACGAUUCCAAUGAAGAUAGUGAAUUGUUUGAUUCUGUUUGUGCUAUUUGUGAUAAUGGUGGUGACCUUUUAUGUUGCGAAGGGAGCUGUCUUAGGUCGUUUCAUGCAACUAAGGAGGCCGGUGAGGAAUCUUUUUGCGCUUCACUCGGCUACACCGAGGAAGAAGUAGAUGCGAUUCAACAGUUCUUGUGUAAGAAUUGUGAAUAUAAACAGCACCAGUGCUUCAUUUGUGGGAAAUUAGGAUCAUCUGAUAAAUAUUCCGGUGCUGAGGUCUUUUGUUGUGUUUCUGCAACUUGUGGGCGAUUUUACCAUCCACAUUGUGUUGCAAAAGUGCUCCAUGGGGAUAAUGAAGUUUCUGCUAAAGACCUAGAGAAAAAGAUUGCUGAGGGGGAAUCUUUUACUUGUCCAGUUCACAAGUGCCUUUUUUGCAAACAAGGAGAGAACAAAAAAGAUCCUGAUCUUCAGUUUGCUAUAUGCCGGCGUUGUCCUAAAUCAUACCAUAGGAAAUGCUUACCAAGGAAAAUCUCUUUCAAGACCAUCAAGAAGGAAGGGAUAGUAACAAGGGCUUGGGAUAAUCUUUUGCCUAAUCGUAUUCUGAUAUAUUGCUUAAAGCACGAGAUUGACAACAAAAUUGGCACCCCACAUAGAAACCACAUUAAAUUUCCUGGUGUUGAAGAAAAGAAGAGUACUUUUGGGGAAAAGAAGAGUACUUUUGGGAAAAAGAAGACUAUCAUUGAAGACAAGAGGCAACGAGAGGCAUCUGAAUUUUUAGGAGAUAGGAAGAAACUUGUGUCUAAGGUGAGAGUUCCCCCCGAAGAAUCCCACAAGGGAAAAACAGCUUCUGCUGCACCUAAACAGAGUAAGCCGUUUUCUGCUCUAAAAGUUGGUGGGAAAACAACUGCUCGAAGACUAUCUUCAGGAUCAAGUAUUCCUCGGAAAGCAAAAGUAAAUGAUGCAAGCAAAAAGGAAAUGAAGUCUCCCAUGGCUGAGGAAAACAAGGCUUCAAUGGGUCUUAGGUCUUAUGAAUACAUGAAUGAGAGGUCUGAACUAGUGAAACCCGAGAAGCAAGAUACCACAAAAAGUUUGAGCAGUGGACCACCUCCAUUAGAUGCUGAUUCGGAGAGGAGGUUGUUAGAUUUAAUUAAGGAUGUUGAAUCCUCAAUAAGUAUCAAAGAUAUUAGAGAAAAGCACAAAGUUCCAACAACUCAUGAAUACUCGUUGAAAAGUUUUGUGGACAGUUGUACGCAGGGCAAGGUGGAGGCUGCAGUUGUGGCCGCACGAGCAGCUUUACGUAAACUGGAUGAUGGGUGCAGUAUGGAAGAUGCAGAAGCUGUUUGUUCGCAAGAUAGUCUUGGCCGGAUAUUUAGGUGGAAGAACAAAUUCAAAGUAUAUCUUGCACCUUUUCUGUAUGGUAUGCGUUACACAUCCUUUGGUCGCCAUUUUACAAGUGUGGAGAAACUGAUAGAGAUUGUCAAUAAACUCCACUGGUAUGCGCAAGAUGGUGAUAUGAUAGUAGAUUUCUGUUGUGGUGCUAAUGAUUUCAGUAUCCUAAUGAAGAAAAAGCUUGAUGAGAUGAGGAAAAGGUGCUCAUACAAAAACUAUGAUUUUAUUCCACCAAAGAGUGAUUUUAAUUUUGAGAAGAGGGAUUGGAUGACUGUCCAGCCAGAUGAGUUGCCAAAUGGAUCAAAAUUGAUCAUGGGGCUAAAUCCUCCCUUUGGAGUUAAAGCAUCUCUGGCAAACAAGUUCAUUGACAAGGCGCUCCAGUUUAAACCGAAGCUCCUUAUACUUAUUGUUCCACGAGAAACGCAAAGGUUAGAUGAAAAGCAUAAUCCUUAUGCUUUGGUAUGGGAGGAUGAUCGUUUAUUAUCAGGAAAGUCAUUUUAUCUGCCUGGAUCUGUUGACGUAAAAGACAAACAAAUGGAGCAAUGGAAUUUGAGGCCCCCUGUACUCUCUCUCUGGAGCCAUCCUGAUUGGUCUGCCAAGCACAGGGAAAUAGCUGAAAGUCAUGAGCAUACUUCUAGGCAAGAAGAGGCCAUGGAAGAAAGCCCUUCUGAGUCGAUCCGGGAUCACUUAGUUGACAACCAUGCUGAUCAUGAUAUCAUUGAUCAUCCAAUGGGUGACCAUGACGAUUAUGUUGCGUUGCCUGAUUACGUGAUGAAUGACCAGGAUAAUCAUGGUGGUAAUCACAUGCUAUGUGAGGAUCCUGUGGAGACUGAUAAUCCAGAAGGUUAUGUAUCUGGGGUAGCUGAAAGUGAACAUAAAGAAAGCUCCCCUUUAACGAGCGGUGACAGGGGGAGCCUUGGUAGUCGUGGUCAAGAGAGAGAGCCAUCCAAUGAGAAAUCAAGUAACCGGUCCUGGAAUGCAAGGAAUAAGAACAAGAGAAGAGUGAGUCGCGAGAUAUCAGUAGACAACAAACGGGAUGGUAGAGGAUCUCCUGUUAGAGAGAUUCAUGUAGGAAUCCCUCCACAUGUUGAGGGUGGCGAAAAUAGUAAUCAACAUUUUGAGUCCACCAUGCCUGGUUCACAUAGGCAGAUUGGAUCUGCUUCUAUUGAUGAUCUUGACAGAAAGCACGGCACUGAUGGUGAUGGGCGUUAUUCCAGGUACAUAUGGUCAAGCAGUGCCAAUGCAGCUUCUGGUUAUGGGGCUAGGGGCUUGGAGGAGCAACAUUAUGUGGGGCCGAAGGACAACACGGACACCUUUAGCGGCAGGCAAUUGGAGGCGGUAGAAAUGCAUAGUAGGGAAUCCGGUAUUCAAUCACAGGUACACCUUUAUCGUCCUAAUCAUCCAGUAGGUCAUUAUCUACUGGGUCAGGAUCCUAGGUAUGGCCCGAUCGGGUCACAUGCACGAUUCUCGCCUCCUUACAUGCAUCCAGCUCCAAUGUCCGAGCCUUAUUACAGAACAAACCUGCCGGGAAUGCAGUGGCAUGCACCUCGGCCGGACGAAUUGCACCACACAAGAAUGGGUGCUUUUGGAAAUGUUCUACCACCCGGGUAUGGUGGAGGCGGCGUCUUUGAACCUAGAGCACCCCAUCAUGGGCACCCAGCCGGACCUAUGGCCUUCACUCCUGGUUCUCGCCAACCCUAUCCGCGCUAAAAUUCAGGAGGGUGGGUGGAUGACUAGUUGUCUAUGGUUGUACUGGUCUACUUUUUUUUUUUUUGGGCAUUUGGCAUUAACGUUGUGUAGGGAUGUUUUGCUUUUUGGAAGUGGGUUUGUCUUUUUUGAGCA